UGAAGAUGAUAUUCUUUUUUCUAUAUGAGAACAUUGUUAAAGCUGUUAGACAUUGUUAAAAUUUUUUUAAUAUUAUAUUUUUAUUCAAGUCAAUUAGGACUUAAAUUUUUCUUAAUUAUGAAAAACUUUAAUUCUGACUAAGAUGCUUGCAAAUGGCUGGUACCACGCGCGUUGAGAAAUUGUUCUACAUUACACAGACUUUGCCAAGCGACAACCAAGGCCAAUCGUCGGAGAAGAUUUCUAACUUUGGAAUAGUUGACGCCGUACUUUAUUAUCCGAAAAAAGUUGUUGCUUCUACUUUAUAAGAGAAUAAUAAUUCGCUUGUAUGUUGUUUUGUGAAAUAAAGUUUUAUCGCAGUUUUAUGUCUACCGCUGAAACGCAUAGAUUUUAAUAAAGCGGCUAGACAUUAAUGCCAUUCUUGUUCACGUACCUUUUUCAAGUAUACGACCUGCUAUUGGCAGCACGGAGAGUUCUCAUCACCCGAAGACUGCACAAUCCGUUUCAAUUUUUCUAAUAGAUCUCUAGUUACGUAGAUUCUCGUAAGCAAUAAGAAUCACACGUAGCGAUUUUAUAUUCAAAUUUUAGACAGCAUUUUCGUUAAAAUAACACAUGUGCUUCUGCGUCACCGUAGCCCGCGCGACGGAAGCGUUGCUGAAUAUAGGUUCGUCACGAAGAUGCCCCGCAAUUUUCAAAGUUUCAGGUUUUUACGCGACGACCCCGCAACUGGAUCUGAACUUCGUGUUGCAAUCCUGCAAGGGCUUCGAGACCGAUAGCAGCAAUAGGGAUUUUGGCCAGGACAGCUCGUCCUCCAUGUCGAGGUCGAUGACGAAUUAUUUCUCUCAUGGUCGCGUGAGAAAUACCUAUCAAUCGAAGGUCACGUUCACCGACAACAAACCUUUCGGUUGUCCGAAGUGCGGCCGCUGCUUCACUGUCAAGGGCAAUAUGACCAGGCAUUACAAGUACGAGUGCGGACAGGCGCCACGCUUCCAGUGCCCCUAUUGCGAGUUCCGCAGCAAGCAGACGUCCAACGUGAUGUCUCACAUUAGGACCAGGCAUCCCGGUCAGAAAGUCUACGUGGUGCACCUCAAAUAUGAGGACAAAUAAAGGAAAAGGACAACCGUAGACAUUGCAAUCUCGCGUGACGACAGUGAUUUUCUUGAUUUGAAACGUGCAGGGAACCGCACUCGUGUGAAAAGAACGAAUUGUUUGGGAAAUUUGAAAAAUUUUCACCGCGGACAAGUCUUAUAUGAUCACACUUCUCGCGCAAUCAUCAUUCAAACGUCUAGUACGAUUGUGUGUCCAAUCCGAUGUAUCAACAUUUGUUGAGAUAGACCGGGCAUGUGAAUUAUUGCUCACAUCUCUACGCGACAAGAUGUCUCAUGAACGUCCUUAGUUAUUAAGAGUUUCACGAGCGCGGUGCGGUUCCUACGUCAUUAAUCGGAUGAUAUUUAAUCUGGAUACCGCGUAAAUACCAAUUACGAUACUUGAUGCAAUAAUCGGAGGCAGGAACGCGAAUGUUCGUUAGCAGUUGCUUAGCCAUAUGAAAUACGACUUCGUCGUGAGGUCUGCUGUCGAUGCGUGAAACGGCGAAACCGUGUAAAAUUUGUAGCGGUUGAAAUAG